AGCAAUCUUGAAACAAAAAAUUUGAUAAAAGGUUGAGUAGAAGAGGAAGUAAUCUCGCUCUGUUACAACCGAUCGAUCAAGUCUAAGUACCACAAUAAAAUCCCAUCUGACGUUACUAUGCUUCAUAUUAAACCCCAUAAAAGAAGAGGAAAGAAGAAGAAAAAAGCAGAAGAAGGAGAAGAAGAAGAUGGGUUCUCAGGUCUCUAAACAAGUGGAGCGGCGAAAGGCGAUCUCAACGGAGAAGAAAACUCUGUGUAGUCUCAAGGAAAGCUGUCGGAAUGAGUUUCCGGGCUGUGACUACAAGCCUCCAGAUAGGAAGAACUGGAUGUCUGGCCUCAACGCUGACAAGCUUCACGUAAAUCAGAUAGUAUGGCCAGGAACGCACGAUUCUGCUACCAACAGAAUCGGCAUCCCCUGCGUUUCUCGCCCAUUUGCGCAAUGCCAAUCCUUGUCUAUCUAUCGCCAGCUUGUAAGAGGCGCCAGAGUUCUCGAUAUCCGGGUUCAGGAGAAUCGGCGCGUGUGCCACGGAAUCCUCGUCACCUACAGUAUUGACGUUGUCAUCAAGGAGAUCAAGCGGUUCUUGUCGGAGACACAGUCGGAGAUAAUAAUCUUGGAGAUUCGUACUGAAUUUGGUCAUCAAGACCCUGCUGACUUUGAAAAGUACCUGGUCGAUGAGCUUGGGGAGUUUCUGAUUCACCAGGAUGACAACGUGUUUGGCAAAACAAUUGCAGAGCUUUUGCCCAAGAGAGUUAUUUGUGUAUGGAAGCCAAGGAAGUCGCCUCAGCCCAAGGCCGGGAGUCCCUUUUGGAGUGCUGGGUUUUUGAAGGAUAAUUGGGUUGACACAGAUUUGCCAUCCACAAAGUUCGAGAGCAAUCUUAAGCAUCUGAUCGAGCAGCCGCCGGUUUCGUCGAGGAAAUUCUUUUAUAGGGUGGAGAAUACAGUCACGCCGCAGCCUGAUAACCCGGUUUUGUGUGUUAAGCCCGUGACAAGACGGAUUCACAAAUUUUCGAGGUUGUUUAUUGCUGAGUGCUUCUCCAGGGGCUGCGCCGAUCGGAUGCAGAUCUUCUCCACAGAUUUCAUAGAUGAAGAUUUUGUAGAUGCAUGUGUUGGGUUUACACACGCAAGGAUUGAAGGGAAAGUCUAAAACUCCUGUCUUUCGAUCUGUUGUUCUUUUUCCUCUUCUUGUUUGAUGGCCAUGGGGAUAUCAUAAUCGCCUUGCCUAUAACUAUUUUCUUUCUUUAUCCAUGAAAUUUGCUGUUAAUUUGUUUCUUUGUAAUGUAAUAUAUAUGUGUGAUGUAUGGCUGGGGAAAUAUUAAUCAUAUAUUGGGGGAGAGUUGUUCUGGUUUGAUUAAA